AUGCUCAAUGAUACAGGCAGCGAUGCGUUGACAGUCUUCGACACAGACCUAAUCGCGCAUCGCUCCAACGUACCUGGGUUUUGGGCCUCAAACUCAAGCUUGACAGCUAAUGGGAUUGUUUUACGGCAAGUUAUCUACGUUGAGAUCCAGCUACUUGAUUCACAACGUAAUCCUAUUUCAGAUUGGAUUCUCGAGGAAUCUGUCGUUGUUCCGUCAGCUGAAGGUAACACUAGGCUGUCCGGCAGAGGGAUGAGGGAUUGUCUGUAUUUUGCAACAGCACCAGGUAACCAACAGCUAUACGUGGCCGAAAAGAAGAAUGGCAUUGUACAGCAGCUUCCUGUUGUUUAA